AUGUUCUGCGCCGUAGGGUCGACCGGGGAAGCGGAAGGCGGAACGGGGUCCGCUCCCCCUCCCGCGACCGACGCCACCGUCGCUCCGCCGGCCGCCGUCACAGGGGCCGCCUCCGUGGGGGGAUCCGCGACCUCACCAAGGACCCCGCCGCUCGCCGCGGGCAGGACCGCGAUCCGCCCCACGGAGGAGGACGACAUCCGCAACACCUUCUUGGGCGCUAGCUGCAAGAUGAGACCACGGGGGGUGGCGCUGCGAAUCAACGAACAAACAAGGCGGGCGGAACCAGCGAGGCGGAGUGAUGCUGCCCGUGCUGAGAAAGCACGCCGCGCCGAGGAAGAGCGCCUCCGUUCCGUCGCGCUGGACGAGUACGAGGCCGCCCAUGUAGCUAUCUGGGCGCAGGCCACCGCCGUCGUCAACGUCAAGGCCCUGAUCCCCGUCAUUCUCGACCAGGCCACCAACACCUACACCAAGUGGCGCGGCAUGUUCCUCACCGUCCUCGGCAAGUACGCGCUGACUCGCCACGUCCUUGAGGAUGAGGCGUUCCCCACGCGCCCGGCGUGGGUGCAGGCCGACUGUGUCGUGUUGACAUGGAUACACGGCACGGUCUCCGGCGAUCUACAGCAAUCGCUCAUGAUGCGGCAGCGACCUGCACGCGAAGCUUGGUGCUACCUCGAGGAUGAGUUCCUCGGUCAGCGGGAAUCCCGCGCCCUCCUCCUCGAGACGCAAUUCCGCAACUUCCGCCAAGACUCCCUGACAAUCACAGAUUAUUGCCGUCGUCUCGAGUCCAUGGCUGCGUCACUUGCCGAGUUCGGCGACCCCAUUGGUGAUCGGCAACUAGUGCUCACCCUCCUCCGUGGCUUGAGCGGCAAGUUCCGCCACAUGGUGUCCAUUCUCAAGAUGCAUCGCCCGUUCCCAACCUUCGCGGAGGCUCGGACGCACCUCCUCCUGGAGGAGAUGGAGAUCGACGCGAGGCCACCCUCGCCUCCCGCCGCACUCGUCGCCGCGCCACGCCCGGCGGCAAACACUGGUGGCCCUACCGCGCCGCGCUAUGGGGCGCCCACUCCUCCUACGCGCCCCCAUGGUGCGCCCUCUGGUGGACAGCAGGGAGCACCCACUGGUGGCCAGCGUUCCGGCCGACGUCGCGGCCGCGGUGGACGUGGCGGCCAGCAGCAGCAGCAGCAACCUGCUGCUGGCGCCCCUCCCGGUUUCAGCCAUGCAUCCACAGGUAUGCACCCGUCAUUUGCACACCCCUGGGCCGGCACCCUCCAGAUGUGGCCCUAUGGGCGUCCUCCACCGGCGCCACCAGCGUUCACCGCCGUCCCGCAGUACGGCUACGGCAGCUCCUUCAGCGGCGUCCCGAGCGGUGGCGCCUAUGGCUCCGGCUACACCGCUCCGCCUUCACUGUACGUCUACGGGGGAGCAGCGCCAGCGUUCCAGGGGCCCUCGCCGGCCUACCAGGUGUCACAGCCGGCACCCUGGAACCCCGUCCAUGGAGGCGCUUGGACUCAAGACUCCCUGGCGCAGUCGUUCAACACCAUGACGCUCACUCCGCCGGCACCGUCCGAGUGGUACGCCGACUCCGGUGCUGGUUCUCACAUGACCGCGGAUGCUGGUAACCUCUCCACCAUGUCCCCACCAUCAUCUUUUACACCUUCAUCUAUCAUUGUGGGCAAUGGAGCACUCCUUCCUGUCACUGCCACCGGAUCACAUAUUUUUUCAUCUCCACAUCGUAAUCUUGUUCUUAACAAUGUUCUGGUGUCCCCCAACAUUGUUAAGAAUUUGAUUUCCAUUCGUCGUUUUACCACCGAUAAUAAUUGUUCUAUUGAAUUUGAUCCGUUUGGUCUUUCUGUGAAGGAUUUGCAAACCAGGAACGUGAUCGCCAGGUGCAAUAGCUCUGGCGACCUCUACCCGUUCUUUCCACCCGCCACCAGCACCUCCGCACUUCUCGCUGCACCCACCUCACUUUGGCAUCGUCGUCUCGGGCAUCUUGGGCGUGAAGCUCUGUCCAAGCUUAUUAGUUCCAGUGUUAUCUCAUGUAAUAAAGAUGAUCUCCACCAUAUAUGCCAUGCGUGCCAACUUGGUCAUCACACACGGCUUCCUUUUGGAUCAUCCAGCUCUAGGGCUAGUCAUAAUUUUGAUUUGAUACACUGUGAUCUUUGGACAUCUCCUAUUGUUAGUGUGUCAGGGUACAAAUAUUAUCUUGUUAUUCUUGAUGAUUGCUCACACUACAUUUGGACGUUUCCACUUCGCCUAAAAUCUGAGACGUUUUCCACUCUCUCAAAUUUUUUUGCCUUUAUUCACACGCAAUUUGGCACCACCAUCAAGAGCAUUCAGUGCGACAAUGGCCGUGAAUUUGAUAAUUCCACCGCCCGCACGUUCUUUCUCUCCCACGGUGUUGCACUCCGCAUGUCGUGUCCAUACACUUCUCAGCAAAAUGGCAGAGCCGAGCGCUCCCUUCGCACCAUUAAUAAUAUUAUGCGUUCUCUGCUAUUUCAGGCGAGUCUUCCUCCGGUUUACUGGGUUGAGGCCCUCCACACUGCCACCUAUCUUGUGAACCGCCUCCCCACCAAAACCCUCGCCUCCUCGACACCUUACACCCACCUUCAUUCCACCCAACCCUCCUAUGACCAUCUCAAAGUUUUUGGGUACCCCGGCUCCUCCGACGUCGCCCGCCGUGCAUGGCACUGUGCCUGUGCAUGCGCCUGUUGCCAGGUCCCAGUCCGCUCCUGCACCGCCGAGCCCUGGAACACGGUCGCCCAGCUCGCCCCUGACCGGCGCUACUGCCCCUGUGCAUCCCGCACAGGCUGCUGCCAGUAG